UCUCUUUCCCCGUCAACAUGGCGGCAUCCAUGGCAUCACAGGCUGUAGCAAGAGGUUUACGCGGAGCAAGUGCUAAGUACUUAUUUCUUGACAAAUUCAAGUGUGCACGGGUGAGUUCCAGGCGAUGGCUGAACCUGCAGGAGUACCAGAGCAAGAAGCUGAUGCAGGAGAGUGGGGUGACUGUCCAGCGUUUCUACGUGGCUGACAAUGCCCCUGACGCCCUGCAGGCCGCCAAGAGACUCAACGCCAAGGAGAUAGUCCUGAAGGCCCAGAUUCUGGCUGGGGGACGAGGGAAGGGUGUGUUCAACAGUGGACUUAAAGGUGGAGUGCACUUAACUAAAGACCCCUCUGUGGUGGGUGAGCUGGCCAGUAAGAUGCUAGGCUAUAGCCUGACCACCAAGCAGACGCCAAAGGAAGGAGUGAAAGUAAAAACGGUGAUGGUGGCUGAAGCACUGGACAUCACCAGAGAGACCUACUUUGCCAUCCUGAUGGACCGGGCCUGCAACGGCCCCGUCAUGGUGGGCAGUCCUCAGGGUGGGAUGGACAUAGAGGAGGUUGCCGACAAAUCCCCAGAACUCAUCUUUAAGGAAGUUAUAGAUAUUUUCGAGGGCGUGCGAGAUGACCAGGCGCUCCGCAUGGCAGCUAAUUUGGGUUUCAAAGGACCUCUGGAAAGACAGGCUGCAGAUCAGAUUAAGAGGCUCUAUGAUCUGUUCCUGAAAGUCGACGCCACUCAAGUUGAAGUCAAUCCUCUCGGAGAGACUCCCGAAGGAGAAGUGGUGUGCUUUGAUGCCAAGAUCAAUUUUGACGAUAACGCAGAGUUCCGUCAGAAAGCCGUCUUUGCCCUGGACGACAUGUCAGAGAGCGAUCCCACAGAGACGGAGGCAGCCAAAUGGGACCUCAAGUACAUUGGCUUGGAUGGAAACAUUGCCUGCUUUGUGAAUGGGGCUGGUCUGGCUAUGGCCACGUGUGACAUCAUCGACCUCCAUGGAGGGAAACCGGCCAACUUCCUAGACCUGGGAGGAGGAGUGAAGGAGAAACAGGUUUACGAGGCCUUCAAACUGCUCACUGCUGACCCCAAGGUGGAGGCAUCCUGGUGAACAUCUUCGGGGGCAUCGUCAACUGUGCCAUCAUUGCCAACGGCAAUCACCAAGGCUUGCCGUGAGCUGGGA